AUAGAAUUUAAAGAAAAAAAACUUCACGGCUCAGGUAAACCGGUUUUGUUAUUAAUUCAUUUAAAUAUGUAAAGCCAAACGAGAAGAAAACUAACUCAUUCGUGAAAAAGGUCAACAAUCCACACCCAGGCAAAGGUAUUUCGUGCACGGGAAAGGUGGGGAUACUGCAGGUGAACGCAGUUGAUGAAGAAUUGAUACAUAGACCUGUCGGACGAGUUUAACACAGGUCGGGCCGUUCAUUAUCUGGAGGCAAGUAAAGGCUCUCUGCAUCAGUAACAUCAAAAGCCUUCCAAAAUGGCUUCAUUUCGAGCCCUGUCUCGGGAGGGCCAUGCAGCUAUGAGUAUGAAAGACAGUUCGGCCCGCUGGAUUUUGAUUCAGCAGAAUACGUUCACCAAUUGGGUGAACGAACAGCUAAGGGUUUCGGGAAUAGAAACCACCGAAUUCGUCAAAGACUUGGAGCAUGAUUUUCAAACAGGUGUCAGGCUUUGUCAACUUGUGGAAAGCUUACAGGGCAAGAAGGUCGGGCGGAUCAUCAAAAAGCCCCUGAACCACCAUCAGGAACUGGAAAAUGUGACCAUCGCUCUCAACGCCAUUUCUAACGACAACGUCCGAUUGGUGAACAUUGGCCCAGAGGACAUUGUGAAUGCAAACCUGAAGCUGAUUCUGGGUCUGAUAUGGCACCUGAUUCUGCGAUACCAGAUUGGGAAGACCAAGUUCCCCACAAAGAAGCUGAUGCUGGCCUGGCUGCAGGCCGUUAUUCCAGAAUGUGCAGUCACAAACUUUACCACGGACUGGAACAGUGGAAUUGCCCUACAUGCCCUGAUAGACUUCUGCAGACCUGGGCUGUCCCCCAACUGGAGGCAGAUGAGUAGGAGUGAUGGGUUAAACAAUUGUAAGAGUGCUAUGGAGCUGGCCAAAAGGGAGUUUGACAUCCCUCUGGUGGUUCGCCCCGAGGAUCUGUCAAGCCCCGACCUUGACGAGCUGUCUGGCAUGACCUAUCUCUCCUACUUCAUGAAAGUGGACUCUCCCGGUUACCAUGCCACCUUGAAUAUGGUCCGCAGGCUUCUCAAAAAGGGAACCGUGAACAAUUUUACAACGGACUGGUCUGAUGGACGAAUGCUCUGUAAUCUGUGUGUGUCACUUGGUGCCUCCAUUGCUGGGUAUCCUGCACUAACUGGGAAUGCUAUUGAAAACCAGGAAUUAGGAAUUCAAGCUGGAAAGAAACUUGGAGUGGAACCCAUCUUGACAGCUAAAGAGAUGUGUGAUCCAGAAGUGGACCACAUUGGCAUCAUGGCCUACGCUGCAUAUUUCUCGCGAUUCAAGCCAGUUCGGUCAUCUGCCGAAAAAGUUGUGAUGGAUGUUCAGCCCAAAAACUGUUACAUUGGGAUUACUUCUACAUUUUCUGUGAGGAUCGAGGAUGAUGAUCUUUACACCAGUGCUGUGAGAGCCGAUCUGAAGGGUCCUGACUCCAACCCCCCAGUAACAUUCUCCUGGAGUGGUAGAGUCGGCACCGCUUCCUUUACACCAUUGGAAACAGGCAUUCACAGGCUGAACGUGUACUGUGAUAACCAGCUAAUCGUGGGCUGUCCAAUUUCAUUCAAAGUUUUGGCAGACAGAUCAAAAGUGACAUUUUCUAGCAUUGAUCAUUGUGCAGUCGGAAUGAUUACAGAGCUCAAAGUAAAUUCCCAGUUUGCUGGGCAAGGUGAUGUCCAAGUAGAAGCCCGGGCUCCGGGCGGGAGAGUCCACAAUCUACGCACUGUGUAUCGGAAUGGGGACUACAUCAUCAACUUCACCCCAUCUGAAGUUGGUGUUUGGCAGGUGUCUGUACAGUAUGAGGGGGACCACAUCAGUGGGAGUCCAUUCAACAUCAAAGUCUUUGAUCCCAAUGCUGUCCGGGUCUUUGGACUGGAAGGUGGAACUGUUGGAAUGGGACUCAAUUUCACAGUGGACACAUCAGAGGCGGGAGAGGGAGAAUUGAGAGUGUCAGUGACCCAUGACUACCAGCAGGUCCCUGCCUACAUCACUCACCAGAGGGCGGGGCUGUACCGCGUCGACUUUACACCAGAGGGCGCCGGAACCUACAAAGUGAACGUUUUCUACAGCGAUAUCGAAGUCAGGGGCUCCCCUUACACCCUGGACAUUGUGGACUCUGGGCGUGUGACCGUCAGUGGAGAUGGACUGAGUCUGGUUCCCGUCAACAGACCUGCCAAAUUCAUCGUCGACACCCAGGGGUCUUCUUCUGGCAGUGUCAAAGUAGAAAUCACAGCCCCAUCGGGAAAAAAUGUUUUGAAGAAGAUAGAGUCCAUUGGGAAAGGGAAAUAUCAAGUGGAAUAUACCCCCUUUGAGCCAGGGGAUCACCAGAUCAUGGUGUCGUACUGCGACCAGCCGGUGAAGGGUGGCCCCUUCUCCUGUAAGGCCUAUGAUGCAGGCCAGGUCAUUGUCAAACAUAUGCCGUCUCUUGCCAGUGUCAACCAGCCAGUCUCUUUUAACAUUGAUGCAUCCGAGGCAGGUUCUGGAAACAUCGAAAUCUUGGUCAACAAGGGCCGCAUCGCCUGCAGUGUUCAGAAUUUGGGCAGCUACAAGUUCCUUGCCUCUUUUAUCCCAACGAAAGCUGAGAAGCACACAAUCGAAAUGAAGUUUAACAAUCUCCCUGUUGUAGGCUCCCCUUGGCAUGUAGAAGUCACAGACCCCAAGUCCAUCUCUGUCUCCGGCAGAGGAUUAGACUUCGUUCUAGUGAAUAGAAUAGAGAACUUUGUAGUGAAUUGUGGAGAAAAUAUGUCCAAAAAUAUUAAUGUGUCAAUCACAGGACCGAGUGGGGGAGAGGUUUUCUGCAAUGUUUCCAAUGGAGUUAAUGGCCAGAAUGUUGAAUAUGUCCCAAAAGAAGUCGGUGACCACAAGAUCGCCAUCAAGUACAGAGACACAGAAAUCGAGGGAAGUCCGUUUACAGCCAAGGCGUAUGACACCUCCGCCAUUGUUGUUACUCCUCUCCAAGAUGGAAUGGUUGGAUCACCAGUAGAGUUCACAAUUGACGUGACCAGAGCUGGAGAAGGUCAGUUAGAAAUCAUGGUCAACAAGGGAAACAUACGUAACUCUGUGGACAUGGAGCGCACAGGUGUGUACAGAAUCUCCUUCACACCUGAGGAGGCUGGGCGACAGUAUGUUGACAUCAGUUUCAACGAAGAGGCACUCCCAGGGUCUCCAUUCACCUGUGUUGCUGUGGGUGGUGUCUCAGUUUCUGGUUUAAAGUCGACACUUCCUGCCAAUAAAUUGACAACUUUCACCAUAGAAACGCCUUCCCUUGGCUCCUCGGAGUUCAGUGCAGUGGUGGAUAUUACAAGUCCAUCAGGUGAGAAAAUCCCAGCCAAAGUGACCAGGACACCUGUAGAUGGUCAACAUGUAGAGUUCACCCCCAGGGAAGCGGGGGAGUAUACUAUUCGGAUCCUCUGUGGUAAAGAUGAGGUAGGGGAAGGACCUUACUAUGUAAAUGUCUACAACCCAAAGAGUGUCAUCAUCAACAACAUGCCCUUCCAUUGCUUUGUUGGAGAGAAGUGCACUUUCUUAGUUGAUGCUUCAAAGGCUGGCGGGGGAAUACUUGAGGUUGCCAUUUUGGCCAAUAAGAAUCAUGUUCCUCACACCCUGGAGGACCUAGGGAAGGGGAUUUAUGAGGUCAGUUUUGUCGGACAGGAAGCAGUGAGACACAGGGUCCAUCUGACAUUCAAUGAAGAGUACAUUCCAGGAAGCCCCUUCUGGAUUGAGGUUAUGGAUGAGAUUGAGUUUGUCAUGGAUGAAUUCAGCCGCCAGCAGUUUUUUGCCAUUUACCAAUCCGCCGGAUUUACUUUCAAUGGGCCUAGUGGUCUGAGUGACAAAUUCACUGUCUCCAUCGAAGGUCCUUCUGGUAAGAAAAUUGAUGCCAAGAUGCGAGAAACAACCUCUGAGACUUACUGCAUUGAGUUUGAACCAGUGGAGGUGGGCAGCCAUCUUGUGGAAGUGUACUUCAAUGGAGUGAUGUUGAAAAACUUCCCCUAUGUGAUUAAGGUCUAUGAUACAAGCAAGAUUAAGGUGGACAGGCCAGACAGGGCCAUGAUGGAUGAGAGCAUUAAACUUCAGAUUGACGUCAGUCAGUCCGGAGAAGGAGAGUUGGAGAUGAUAGUUGAGUGUGAUGGGGAGACGAUACCCAGUGAAAUGAAAGAGACGGAGAGAGGCUGGAUCGAAGCAUUCUUUAUCCCAAGGAAUGCAGGAGUCCACAAAAUUAAUAUGAUGUUUAAUAAAGAAAAAGUUUCAGGGUCACCAUUUAUGGUAUAUGUGGAAGAACAUAUUGUCAAAGAAAGAGCCAUCAUGGCAAAAUCAGAAGUCCACGAAAUGAAACUGCAGACUCGUAACUUCCGCAUCAACCAACAGCAAUGGAUUCUCCUGCAGGCGUUCGGUUCCAACCUGGAAGACUUCAGUCAUUUUCAAAUCAGCAUCAUAGCUCCCAAUGGAAACAGAAUUCCAGCUCGAAUCAUGUCUCAGUCGGACGGAAGCUUUAAAGUGGAAUGGACACCAACAUCAACAGGACGCCACACUGUGGAGGUUCAGUAUGCGGGGCGGAUGAUCGAAGGAAGUCCAUUCUAUGUGGAUGUGUUUGACCUGGCCAUGAUCAGAGUGGAUCACUUCAAGCAGGGCGGGAUUGGAGAAACAGCUUCAUUUGAUAUUGACUUCAGUCAAGUGGGUUUGCAGGACUACAAUGUGGUCAUUAGGAGCCCCUCUGGAAACAUCGUAGAUUUUAGCUCCACAAGCUCCUACUCCGAUUUAAGGAAGGAAAUCAUGUAUGUGCCAAUGGAAGCAGGACAACAUGAGAUCUAUAUCAACUACUGUGGAUUUGAACUUCCAGGCUGCCCUGUCAUCCACACCAUUGAUGAGGGGGGUAUGCCCUCAGCCUCAGGACCCGGUCUGUACAAGGGGCUGGAGGACAAGGAGACGGUGUUCUAUGUGGAGAUGGGCAAGAGGAGUGGGGGACUGGACAUCAAAGUGGAAGGACCAAAUUCGAUAGCGAAGACCACAGUGGAGCGGGCUGGAGACAAGUCAGUGGUCCAGUAUAUACCCGUGGAGGUGGGGAUUUUCAACAUCAGCAUUAUGUGGAACGGACAGCACAUACCAGGCAGUCCUUUCCACCCCAAGGUGAUUGACCCCAGGAAGGUGAGGAUCUCUGGGGGCUGGGCCCAGUACAUGGACGGCAAUGAACGGGUGGGGCUGGUUGUUGGGGAGGAGAAACGACUGGUCUUUGAUGUCUCCCAGGCAGGUCCAGGUACGCUGAAGGCUGAAGUUGUUGGACCAGGAUCAUCCCUACCUGUGUCCCUCUCAGACAAUUAUGGACAGAUGAUGGUUGGAUUUAUCCCCAGGGAGGAAGGCAACCAUUAUAUCCAUUUGUACUGGUCGGAAGUAGCUCUUCCAAAUUCCCCAUUCCUGGGCUACGCAGUCCCAACAUUCUCUGACGCAAACAAAGUGAUCCUGACUGGGCGGGGCCUGAAAGAGGCAAUAGUUCGCGAGGAGGCGGAGUUUAUCAUUGAUGGAUCGCAGGCUGGACCUGAAUAUCAUCAAAACAGUGCACCUGAAGUGUCCUUGACAGGAGUACGAGCUGAAAUCAAUGUGAAGGUCGUUUCCCUAGGAGGUGGCAAACACAGAUGUACGUACAUACCAGUGGUGCCAGGAGCCUAUCUCCUUAACAUCACUUGGAAUGGACGCCAGCUUCGGGGGUCACCCUACAAGGUCAAUGUCAUAGGAACUUUCUACCCCCAGAAGGUCAGUGUUUCUGGGGAGGGUCUCCGAGGAGGAAUCCUGGGUCGACCCAUGGAUGUGGCCAUUGACACAAGAAGAGCUGGUCCAGGUGAGUUAACAGCAUUCUGCAUGGGUCCAUCCAAAGCCUCCUAUUGUGAGCUUAAGGACAACCAUGAUGGAACCUUUGUGUUAAAGGUCAAAGCUCAGGAGCCUGGGAGACAUGUCCUACAAAUCAAAUAUGGAGGAGAACAUGUUAAUGGAAGUCCCUUCCAGCUGAAAGUUGGCGCUCAGCCUGACGCCAGUAAAGUCCGUGUGACAGGUCCUGGUGUUGAGCAUGGUAUCUUAGCAACCUACCAGAGUAGAUUCAUCGUGGAGACCCGUGGGGCUGGGGCAGGUCAGCUAACGGUCAGGAUCAGAGGACCCAAAGGUGGAUUCCAAGUGGAGAUGUACAGGGACAGUCAGCGUGACCGCACCAUCCUGUGUCGCUACGACCCGACAGAGACGGGUCUGUACGUGGUCAGCGUCAGAUGGUCGGGGGUGGAUGUACCCGGAUCUCCGUUCCAGAUCAACAUCGUAGACACACAACAAGAGCUAGAGCAGGUGUUGCAUGAUGCAUCGUUUGCUCAAAGCUCCGUCACCCACAGAUCGUUCAGUCAGUGGAGAGAGGAUAUCUAGACCGAAUUUUGUGGAACUUGGAAGGUGGAAUAAAAAGUGGAUCUCGAGGAGAGAGGAUGAAAUGAAAUAAAAUCAAAUGUUGACUUUAAUAAAUUGACCGCAAUAACUUUACUUCACGCAGCAUAAUAUUGAGAUGUUGAGAUUACAAGAGAUAUUGAAUAGAUGAAUUGAUAGGCUGUGAGUAGAACCUAAGUUUAGUAACUAUUAAAAUCAUGUAUGUGAUGAAUAUUAUUUAGACUUUUUGUUUAAUAAGUGGAUUCUUUAUACAACAGUUGAACUGACUGAAUCAUACUGAUGCAAGCUAUUGUAAGUUGUGUAUAAGUAUACUGGAGAGAAAAAAAUCAAAGCCAUUAUUAUGCUUAUUCAGCCUUUCUUUGUAUUGUUUCCUUUUUUAAUAAGGUAGUUGUGAAUUUUUCCUUUUCUCAUGUAAUGUGUUGCGAUCACAUAUCAGUCUCAAGGACUCUCGCCUUGAGAAAAAACACAAGGAAGAGGCUUCAACACAGAUAAGAAUACGUCCUGUUUUCCAUACCAACAAAGGUUGUGACCUUUAUAACCAUUCCUUAGUCUAAUAAACAUAUCAUUCUGUCUAGACUUAUAUUUUUCCCUUUAUAUACAUGUAUGUAUAUACAUAUACAUCAGAUAUUUGUAUAUUAUGAUAUUGCUAUUUACCAAAAUAUUUUUUCUUGUUAUAGCAUUAGUUCUUCAUACUCAAAUAAAGAACUAAGAUUUUAAA